UAAUAGAAUUUAAAUAUGGCGGAACUUCCUCCUUCUUCUACACACUGUACCCGUAAACUUUGCCAAGUCCUUAAAUUGUAUCAUACUGUCCCUGCGCACACGUCAAGAUGGGCAGGGAGGACAAGGCAACGUGGAAAUCCAAUUACUUUACGAAACUCGUUCAACUGUUGGAUGACUUUCCCAAGUGCUUCAUCGUGGGUGCUGACAAUGUCGGUUCCAAACAAAUGCAACAAAUACGCAUGUCUCUCCGCGGUAACGCCGUAGUAUUAAUGGGAAAGAAUACUAUGAUGAGAAAAGCGAUCCGCGGACACAUUGAGCGGAACGCGGCGCUUGAAAAGCUCCUUCCGCAUAUUCGUGGAAACGUUGGCUUCGUCUUUACUCGCGGAGAUCUGAUCGAAGUGAGAGACAAGCUCUUGGAGAACAAGGUCAGAGCACCAGCCAGAGCAGGUGCUAUUGCACCAUUGAGCGUAAUUAUUCCUGCUCAGAACACUGGUCUCGGACCUGAGAAGACAUCCUUCUUCCAAGCUCUGAGCAUUCCUACCAAGAUUUCCAAGGGUACCAUCGAAAUUAUUAACGAUGUACACAUUUUGAAACCAGGUGACAAAGUAGGUGCUUCCGAAGCCACUCUCCUCAACAUGUUGAACAUCUCUCCGUUUUCGUACGGUUUAAUCGUCGAACAAGUAUACGAUUCUGGCACUAUCUUCGCGCCAGAAAUUCUAGACAUCAAACCGGAAGAUCUCCGGGAGAAGUUCAUGGCCGGAGUCGCAAACCUUGCUGCCGUUUGCCUAGCCAUCGGCUAUCCUACGAUAGCGAGCGCUCCUCACAGCAUUGCCAAUGGAUUCAAGAAUCUAUUGGCGAUUGCUGCAGUCACCGAGGUCGAAUUCCGUGAAGCGGCUACGAUCAAGGAGUACAUCAAGGACCCGAGCAAGUUUGCUGCCGCAGUUACCGUUGCUGCACCAGCUGCGGCUGCUGCCGAAGCACCUGCUGCCGAGAAGAAGGAAGAGAAGAAAGAGGAAUCCGAGUCCGAAGACGAGGAUAUGGGAUUCGGUCUCUUCGAUUAAAACGUAUACCGUUACGUGAUGUGAUUACGUAAUGUUAACGAACCAGACCUUCGAAGGUGUUCAAAACGUUGGAAUAAAAAAAAUGAUUUCUGA